UUAUGAUUUCUCUGUUACAGGUCUUAUACAUUUUUUUUCUUGAAGAUGGAUCUGCGAGGACAGUGAAGACAAAGCUGCCUUUUUGCUCCCUCCAUUUUAUGGACGUUUUUUUUAUGACUUUUUGUAUCCACAUUUUGUUCCUGAAGGACAAGCUUGCCUUGAUCAAAAACCCGCCCAUAAAUGGCAAAAAAGCCAAUUUUGAAGUAACAAGUUCGCUUAAUAUGAUUCAGCCAGAUGGUUAGAUAAUCAUGAGCUUAUUAGCUAAUUAGAUUGUGCUCUAAAAACAGCAAAUAUUAGCUGUUAAUACAAUUCAUUUUACCAGAGACGUGGAAAGGAGAUACUGAUAGUAAGUGUCGGAUUUUCAAAGACAUCUAAAAUAUAAUGCAUCGUAUCAACCAGCCACCUUGUUUUUUAUGGAUGUUCUAUAUAAGACAUAUAGCCAUCUAGCUUGCAAUAAGUAUAAAUAUGAAUAUAGAUGGUCUAUAAUUUGCAGUCUGGAUGAAAUGAAAUGUGACCAUCGGAUACUGUAAUUUAUGAGCUCACACAAUGAAGACGUCGAGGCUGGUCGUUCAUAACGGUAAAAAGCUCGGCGUCUUCGUGUGUGAGACGGCUGUACGUAUUACAGAAUGGCUUAGCUAGUUAGCUAUAAGCAAUCUGCCCAUAAAGAUUGCCUCACAUUCAGACAGGAAUUUGUGUCGUUUUGUCAAAGCCUCCGGAAUCUUUCCCUAAGGUCCCGGCAGAUCCACAGCCUACACUGAAAGGUUUCUUUUUCCUCGAAGAGCCUUUGCUGGAUGCCUUGUAAUGAAUGGAAAAAUGAUACGUCAACUAGGAGCUCUGUUCCAAAGCAGCUGGCUAGCUAGCUAAUGUCAAGUGCGAGUCUUCGCUAGCCGAAACUAAUAAGAUAUUAUUAACGUCGGAAGAACAAUCCAAUAAAACAGCAAUCUGACGAUAAAGAUUGCAAAACUGCGUUUGUGUGAGUGAGAGGGAUGGUAAUAUUAUUUGUCGGGAGUGAGCGGCGGUCUCAAAAUGGCGGUCGAGCUGUUGUUUUCGUCGGGGUCGCACAAGGCGCGAGACGGGCUGAAACAAAAUGACGGAAAGUGUGCGCUCGAGCGCCCGCGCGAGCCGUUGAUCACCGACUCCGAACAGCGCGACGCGACCGCCACGAAAAUGAAUGGGGCCUGUGGAUCCACGGGAGGUGCUGAAGGGAGUGGAGAGCCUCCUGGGGAAGGAGGGAGAACUUCGCAGCCCGGAGGGGGUCACCAAAGUAUUCAGUUUAAUGAAAACUUCCCAGAAGAUGGUCAGUCGAUGCAUGUAUCUCAAUAUCUUACUCCAGACCAAAUCUCACGAUGUCCUGAUCAGGUUUAUCCGAGUGGGGGGCUACAAGCUGCUGAAUGGAUGGCUGACGUACUCCAAAACAACCACCAACACCCCCCUGCUGCAGCUCAUCCUGCUCACACUGCAAAAGCUUCCCCUCACAGUGGACCACCUCAAACAGAACAAUACGGCCAAACUGGUCAAGCAGCUCAGCAAAAGUGGAGAAACUGAAGAGUUAAGGAAGCUGGCGACCGUGUUGGUGGAUGGUUGGAUGGCGAUCAUCCGUUCCCAGGGCGUUGCUGCUUCCAGUGGGGUGUACUCUUCAGACAAGAAGAGGAGGAAAGAGGAAGGGAAAUUCAAGGGUGGGGAGCCAAAAGGGGAUGUAGGGAAGUCAGGGGAGGAGGAGAAGAAGCGAGAGAAACCCAAGGCACAUGCCCCCAGCCAUGCCAAGUUCCGCUCUACAGGUCUAGAAGUGGACACACCUGCCCCACUACCAGCCAAGAAACCGCCACCCAUCCCUCAGCUAGGAGACAAAUACAGCAUCAAGCCUGUGGUUCUCAAGAGACCCAGUACUUCAACAUCAGACGCCCCCUUAGUGGAGAAGAAGUACAAGCCCCUGAACACGACGCCCAACUCCACUAAAGAGAUUAAAGUCAAGAUCAUCCCAGCACAACCCAUGGAGUGUACGGGUUUCCUGGAUGCUUUAAACUCAGCCCCAGUUCCUGGCUUUAAGAUCAAGAAAAAGAAAAAAGUCCUCUCACCAACGUCAAACAAGUCCUGCCCAUUGGAUAGCAAGACCCUUUACCCAUCAUCUCAGAACAAACCUUCGUCCCCUGACCAAUCUGCCUCUCAGACGCCACCUCAUGACCCCCCAGACCUGGAGCAGCCCGGGACUCCCGUGCCCAGUGAUGACACUGAGGCCAUGGAGGCUGGGGAGAAGCCGAACUCGCUCUCUGAGCCUCAAGGAGAGGAGGAGAGUGAUCUCACUAAGAAAGGGAAGAAGAGGAAGACUGUUCGCUGGGCAGAGGAGACGCGACUUAAGGAGUAUUUCUACUUCGACUUGGAUGAGACUGAGAGAGUGAAUGUCAACAAGAUCAAAGACUUUGGGGAGGCGGCCCGGCGGGAGCUGAUGAUGGACAGGCAUGCUUUUGAGACGGCUCGGCGUCUCUCCCAUGACGCCAUGGAGGAGAAGGUGGCCUGGACAUUGCCACGACCGCUGACCUUGUCUGGUUGCCUGGUGUCCCCUGGGGCCAACAGCAGUGAGAAGCACACUCAGAAGGACCGUGAGAUGGGCAUCCUGCAGGAGAUCUUCCUCAACAAAGAAAGUGUCCCUGACAGUCCCCAGGAGCCAGACCCCGAGCCCUACGAACCCACAGCCCCUCGUCUCAUACCCCUGGAUGAGCAGGACAGCACAACGCUGGAGGACAGCUACAUGGAGGCUGAGGAUACCCCAGCCUCUUCUAGCCACACCACUGGCCCCAUGGAGGGCUCCAAACUGCCGCCGGUCCUGGCCAACUUGAUGGGCAGCAUGGGAGGUCCCCAGCAGCACGGGACUGCAGGCGUCAAUGUGCAGGAGCUACUCAGCUCCCUAAUGGGUGCCCAGAAUAACCAGUCUCCCGAGGACCUGAUGAAGCAGCCCAACUUCUCUGAGAAGAUCAAACAGCUGCUUGGUUCGCUUCAGCAGAGCCAGCCCCAGGCCCCACCUGCAGGACCCCCUCCAGUGAGUACAGGCUUGCUUGGUCAUGGUCCCGGAAUGCACAUGAAUACCAACAUGAACAUGAACAUGAACAUGAACAUGAACGCCAAUGGCAACAUGAACAGGAACACGACUAUGCCCAUGAAUGGAGGCUACCCCCCGAACAACCCACCCUCCGGACCGCCCCACUACCCCCGGCCCCCCCCACCCCGUAGCCACGGUCCCCCCUUCCCCGGCGGAGGCCCCAGGAUGACGGGCCCGCCACCGCCACCGGCCCGUGGAGGAGACGGCGGGGGCUACUGGGGUGACGAGCCCGUGAGAGGAGGUCCCCACCGAGGAGGCGGGGGAGGCCAUUUUCACCGUGGCAGAGGGGGACGCGGAGGAGACCCGGGCUUUCGAGGCCGGGGUGGACGAGGGGGUGGCGGUGGGGGGCCACAGCAAGACUUCAGGGGCAGAGGACGUGGAGGAGACAUGUCUAAGCGUCCAGUCUGCAGGCACUUCAUGAUGAAGGGAAGCUGUCGAUACGAAAGCAACUGUGCUUUUUACCACCCUGGUGUGAAUGGGCCACCACUGCCCUGAGGCGCUUCUUCUCACCCACCCACUUCCUGGUGCCGUCCAGAUGGGGGCGCACUGAGUGAAGACUGCCUGCCGCCAAACGUGUUUCCACUGGGAGGCGAUGGCUCUUUCUGGACCUACCACUGAUUUCCCAGCAGUCUGUUCAGUGCAUAUAUUACAGCGAUGCUUAAAAUGAACAAAUAAGAGAUGAGAUAAAAGCUUUCUUCUUUAUUUUUUCCUUUUUCAUAUUUUGAUAAAUUCCGUGAGAUCUGUAGUAAAUCUAUUUGCCUGCUGCCAUACCCUUCUCCCCCAGCCAAGGCCCAAAAACCUGAAAUCGUAAUUUCGUAUCUGUGGAAAACACAUCUCCAAAGAGACCUUUGUUUGUUCAUCACUUUUUAAUUUGUUUUCUGCUGUGAUGGCAGAAAAACUAGCAGUCGACAGUUUAUCAUCAACUUACAUAUACUUU